CAAUACCGAGGCUGUGUCAGGUAACCGAGCCAAGUUAUUCGACUAGUUGUGACGAUGAGCGGUGACGCCGCCAUGAUCGCCGAGGUGGAAGGCGCGCUGCGCCGCCUACUGGACCCCACGACGCCCCCAGGCGACAAGCAGCAGCUGGAGGAGCAGCUCACGCGCUUCAAGGAGACGCCCGCGGCCUGCUUGCCCGUGCUCUUCCAGCUUCUAUCCACCUCCCAGAACGAAUACGCGCUCUGGUUCGCCGCCACGACGCUGGAGGAAUAUGUAGCGAAGAAAUGGGUCCACUUCCCGGCCUCAGAGCAACUGCGUAUCCGUCAGUUCGUAUGGGACUAUCUCUUGGCGUCUUCUAGCUCCUCUGGAGGCGCCCAGAUCGCCUUCGUGCGGCGGAAGAUGAGGAAAGUACUAGCAGAUAUCGCCAAGAUCCAGUGGCGUAGCGCGGAACAGGGAGACGCCACAUGGCCGGACUUUAUGAGCCAAAUAGAGGCUUUAAUCGUCGAGGAGAGGACCAGAGAGAGCGGUCUGGAGCUGCUCAGUGUCGUCGUGGAAGAGUUUGGACGCGAUGACGCCACGGUGAUGGCUACAAUUAAGAAACAAGCCAAAGCCAGAUUAAUAGCUCAGUUGCCGAGUGUAUUGGUGCUGUUAGCGAACACUUUGAAAGGAUGUAGCCAUCUCCUACAGGUCGGAGAAGCUCAAGUGGUUGUGGACCAGGAUCGAGUGGCAAAUGUGGCGUUGACCACGUUGAAUAAUUUGAUCACGUGGGCUCCAGUGGCUGAGCAGGUGAACGACGCGUGGAUUAAUCUGCUGUUCGAGCUGGCCAGGAACUGGGAGAGCGUGUUUGCCAGGGGGUUUACGUCCCACAUGUGUGUGUCGAGUACGACGGCGCUGCAGUGUCUGGCCGAGCUGAUGAGCAAGAGAUUUGCACCUGCAAGAGUGGAUGAAAUAGUGGGCCACGUGAUGUUUGGGCUGUGUCCGUUGCUACAGAAGACGGUGGAGGAUCAAUUGAUUGGCCGAGCGACGGAGCAGUAUCUGGACAAGUUGAGUGUGUUCGUAGAACUGUUUCUAACCCAACACUUGAAGAGACUGGAGAACCCAAAGUAUGGAGAUAUCCUACCGACUUUUCUGCAGUCGGUGCACGCUUUUACGACGAAACAGCCUCAUAUUGAAGGGUUUUUGAACUGUUUGAGAGUGUGGGAGGUGUUUGUGUCGUAUAUUGAGGAGAUUGAGCAGAAUGAAGGGGCGGCGAAUGAACGAGUGAGAGCAGUAUUGACGGCAUACGAGAAGGGGCUUGUUGCUGUGAUGCUGCAUCUUGUGGAGCGUGUGAGGUACGAGUCGAAUCGUAGCCAACUGGACGAGUUGGAUGACGGUGAUGACGCUGGAACCCAGGGAGAUCACGAGGAUGCAGACAAUAGCGCUGCCUUUGACUUAGAGGGUACAGGUGGCGCUUAUGGCCAAGGCUCCCUACAGGACUUGGCGCAGAUUAGAACGGAUGUUGCAAGCGGGAAUGCCUCUGGUGGUUCGGCUACGAUGGUCGAGCUCUCUGAGAGGAAGCAGUUUGUUGUGGACUGUAUUGCACUGAUUCGUCGUAUCGCGGCGCUGCCUUCUUGUGCGCCUCCUCUGCUGGAGAUAAUGCUGCCUAGAGUGCAGAAUACUGUUGAGAAGGUGUUGUUCCACAUCCACGAGAUGCCCGUGAUCGCGCAGCAGUCGGAGCAGUGGGAACAGCAACGCUGUGUGAUUCGUGACUUGACCGUCAACUGUGCGAUCCUCUCCGGUGUGUGCGCUAACUACUACAGCAUCAGCGACGAGAUGAAUCAACAAAUGGCUGGCUGGCAGAUCUUGCACUUGUUUAUCAAAAUGUCGGAGUAUAUGGUGCAGCACAGACUGCACACUCGCGGUGACGCCUUUGCCGAGUUGCAGUGCGAAGCGCUCACGAGCAUCAGGUUCUGUUUGAGCUGCAUUCCAUUCGUCAUCAAAAGCGGCGCUAGACAAGACGUGCUGAAUGCCUCGGAGAGUGUGCUUCAGGUGCUUCUCCAUACACUGGACACGAGUAUUGUGCCGUCUCCACUUGCUGUGAUGCAGAACUCGAUGCAGCUGCUCGCGAACCUCGGCUUUGUGUUAUCGUACGAAGACAUGGUGCAGAUCCCAUCCAUGAGCCAGCUCGAGGCCCACAUUCACCAGUUCAGUCUGCAUCUACCGCUAGCGAUCCAAGGAGACCUCUAUACUUCGAUGUCCAACUCCAUUCUCAACUCUGCGAUCUCAUUACGAGGCAGCAGUGGCGUCUCAAAUGGGCCCCAGCCAUGGGAGACCGCCUAUGGCUCGUUGCUGGUUCCUAUUCGCGAAUCUAUCGAUCAAUCCGCUGUGACGUUGCAUCAAAACGAGCAGCGCGUUCUGGAGCACGCUAUGGUUGCUCAACUGAGACGAGACUGCUACUUGGUGCGUUGUCUCGCUCGAUCUGUCGAGACAAAGCCCAAGGUGGCCAAAGACGCGUUCUUCUCUGUGUUCCAGAGUUCGUUCCCGUCGCUAAUGGCUCUGCUGACGACGUACUUCACUACUAUCCGGAAGAUGGCGGCGUCGAAUACUCCGCAGUCCAAGAACCAGAUCAAAAGUGCGCUCAAAGUGGUCAACGAGAUUGUACGACUGUACGCGCAGCUACUCAAAUCUAUCCGAAAGGAGAUGCAGAAGGAGACGGUGUCCGAGAUCAUGCGCACGUUCGUGGAGAUCUUUAACGACUCGCAGCUUUCAGGAGUAUUAUACAACCAAGGAAAUGCUGGCCUGAUGGUUCUCUGCGGCUUUUUACAGCUCCUGAAGAUCGUCGUCGAAGAACCGACUUCCGUCUUCUCCUCAUUCUUGCAGAAUAUCCUUGAUCUGUGCUUUGGGCCGCUUAAAGAGGUUAUCUUUUCUCACCCAGAAAGCGACUCGGUCAUCUUGGGUUAUUUUGUGGCUUUGGUGGAGCAGUUAUUGGAGAAACAUUACCGCUUCUUCAUCGUUUACUCGGGUCAGUUUACUCCUGAUGGCGCACGUGAGCGCGGAUACGCGUCGGAGCAAGCACACACGUAUUUCCUGUCCAUUUUCCAGAGUCUGGCGAGUGUUUUGAGCCGCGAAGGGUCCAAUCUGGCACCGCGUAUCUGUAAGCAGGUGCUGGGAUUGCUGGAUCGGGUUGAUAAAGCCCAGGGACUGUUUGCCUUUACAGGAUUCCAGAGCGAACUGCGCAUGGGAUUCCUCUCGACAUUGAUGAACAUUUUGACGCGCGGCGAGAUGAAUUUGCUGCAGGACGAAGUUAUCCAGUUGCUGCACCGAGUUGCGGCUGUGGACUUUGCCUCGUUCUACCAAGUGUUUCUAAAUGGCUACAUCAAGGAGAUUCUGACGCAACCACAACUUGAGGCAGCGUCCAAGAUGGAAGGCGAGUGCUUGCAGUGGAGCGGCCAAGUUGACCUGCCUACUUUUUCACAGGAAGUAGUUGCCUUUUUGAACGAUCUGAAGGUGAUCAAGGCACAAAACUAGCAGCAAUUAUCGCUGGAUGAAUAGAAAUCCGCCCUUUGUACCUCUUUUUUUGGUUUUAUCGAUACUGGUAUCCGCAAACAUCGAUGACUUUACGAAGUUGCCGCUCUAGCCACGUGGAGACUUGCCGGCAAGCCACUGGCAACGAAAGUUCACCCUGAACCGCUACAGCCCAGA